AUGGAGAAUGUAAUUGAUCAUGCUAUUCAAGAAGAGCAAGGAAAUGAAGCCACUAGAAAUGAAGAGGUUGAAGAACAAAGAGAACAAGUUGAAGACGUAGAAGCAGAGCAGUUGGAAGAAGAAGGACAAGAGGAAAAGGAAGAGGAAGAAGGGGAUGCAGAUAAGGGAGAGGAGGGAAAGGAGGGAGAUGAGGAAGAGGAAGAAGAUGAAGAAGAGGAGGAAGAGGAAGAAUCAGACGAAGAGAUACAAGAUUUACAAAUUGUUCCCGUUGAAGAGAAAAGAAAGCCGAAUCCGCCGGGUCCUAGAUAUUCACACAUUCCCCCUGAUGAUUUGUGUUUGUCACAAGUGAGACCAACUUAUGAUACUCCAAUUGAUGGAGGGGAAACAUUGUUUGGCUAUAAACACUCAUGGGCUGCGAAGAUCUAUGCGACAAAGGAUCAUAAUGAUGCAAUUCGUCCUAUUCGUCAUCAAAAGGCUUCAAAAUGGGAUCUUUCGAAUGAGUGUCAAGAGUUUCAGAACAAGGUUAAAUCAUGCGUGUUAUGGAGAGCCCUUGAGUUGGCACAUAAGGACUUUGACACUGUUGUCGUUUCUGCAUUUCUAGAGAGGUAUUAUCCGGAGAAAUAUACCAUGCAUCUUCCAUUUGGAGAGAUGGAAAUUACUCCCGAUGAUUGCAUGAGAAUCACCGGCCUACCAGUGGAAGGUAAAUGUCUUCGAGAAUGCUACAACCAAUCGAUAAGUUAUGAAGUUCUUGAGGCAUUGACUCUAAAGUGUCUAGGAUGGGAUCCAAGAAAGGCCCAAUGUGAGUUUAUACGUUCCGUGAAGGAACCUAAACGUGGAUAUGAGUAUAAUCCAAAGGAAGAAAAUGGAGCUUCGAAGAAGAUUGUGAAGAAAUUCAAGCUAGUGAGGUUGAAGGAAGCAUUUGCAGAUACAUCUAAGAAGGUAAAGAGUGGACGAGUGGAUGCUCAUUAUCUACAGCUUUUGGAGGACCUCAAUGUGAUAAACAACUACUCUUGGGCCACUGGGGUGCUUUCAUUUGUUUUAGGAGAGAUGAGCAAAGGGUCGAGAAUUAAGACAACUCAAAUUGGAGGUUACUUAACUCUUAUUCAGGUUUGGAUCUACGACCACUUCCCUUCACUUAAAUUGGCUAUGGAAAAGAAACCUUAUCCCUAUGACCAACCUACAACAGGAAAAUGA